AUGGAUACAAAUGGGUCUUCGAAUGCAACACCGAGUCCUCGUAUUUCCAUUAGACGAAGAGUUGCCGAUGCUGGCGAUUCUUACGACGAUGCACACACGGAUGCAGCUGGAUUGCCCACUUAUCAGUUCAUCGCUGUGGGUGCAUUGACAUUGGGUCUGUACAUUGGCUUGGUCUUUUCAAGUAUGCAACUGCCGUUUAUCGGUAAACCACACACAUCGAAACAGCCACAAUUGAUUCAAUCUCCUCCAUUGUCGUCCCUUCAUCAGAUUUAUCAAGAACAGGCUGCUGCUCAAAUCAAUGCCUUGAAUGAAGUGAUACAAACACAAAAAGAAGCAAUGAGUAAGCAAGCUAAAGAACUUGCUGCUCUGCAUGCAGCUGUUCGUGUUCCUUAUAAAGUAGCUACUCCCAAAUCAGGCACAGAUGUGCAUAGGAAGAAUGUAAAGCAUAAAUAUACUCCUCAAAUAAAUAAUCCAGAUCAGGAAGUGGACUCUCCAAAUGAAAAAGGAACGACGGGUAAAGCUGCGCUUAAUACUAAACACGAUGCGCAUGACACUCAACUUCGACAGCAUCAGCAGAUGGUGGAUCUCACGUUGAGUUCAAACAAGAAGGAUGCAUCUGAUAUCAAGCUUCAACCAAGCACAUCAGACAUUACCGAGGUGACGGAUUGGAAAACUCUUCCUAGCUCAUCAGUGUGGUGCUAUGGAUCUAAACGUGCAGAUAGAGUGUGUCGAUUCAGAAACCUUUGCUAUCAUCCAAAGCAUGAUGAUUGGUUUAUUCUUAAAACCAACAGCUCUGUUCUCCACAACGUUCCGGAUCAGGUUAAAUCUGAGACAUUGCUUGAAACGGGAACGGUUGAAAAUCAUCCCUACUUUUUCUGGAACUAUGUCGAAGCAUCUCCGUUUCAUCCAUCGUUACAGAACAUCAAAGUGCGUUUUGAAGAUCUACCACAUUUUAUUUUCAAACGACUUCAUCCAAAAAAUAUCAUGCACAAUCUACACGACGACUUGCUGGGCAUGUAUUACAUGCUAAAAGAAUUUGUUGGUCGAGGAACAUCGUCCAGAUAUAUGCCCUUUUCGUUGGAUGGCCAUCGCGUAUUGAUUAUUGAUCCGUAUGAUGCCACAGAUUCCACCAGAAUAUUUCAAUACCUUACGAAUUUUCCGCUCAGAUUCAGUAGUUAUUUGAAGCAGAAAAACGAAGAGCAUAUUGUGACUUGCUUUCGUGAUGCAUAUGUAGGCAAUACAAAGUUGACCACUUGGUACCAGUACGGAUUUAAUGAACCUCAAGGCCCAAUUGCUGGAAAAUCCGUCAAUGGUAUGUAUCUUCGUGAAGUGGGUGAAUGGUUUAUGCGUAGAUUGGUACUUCCACUUGGUCACGAUGAAGAUCCUACAAUCAAAGAUUUACAUCCUUUACCAAGCCUGCCUUCAAAUGGUACCUAUGGCAAGGAAGUGGAUUUCCAAGACACCGAUACUAUUGUUGUUCUUUCUCGCAAGGGGAACCGAUUGAUUUUAAACGAAGAGCAAAUGGCUAAAGAUCUUGAAAAGGCGUUUGGAUACAAGGUUAUAUUUGUAAGCAAUGAGCAGCACACGUUUGAGGAACAGAUUGUAUUUUUAAGAAAAGCACGAAUUGUUAUUGGAAUGCACGGUUCUAUUCUUGUAAUGGUCAUGUUUUGUCGUCGCGGAACUGUUGUAAUAGAGAUGUAUCCAUUUGCGGUUCCUGGAGAUCACUACACACCCUACAAAACCUUGGCAAGUUUGAACGGAAUGGAUCUUGUAUAUCGCAAGUGGGAGAACAAACAUUCAUCCAAAUCCGUUGCACAUCCACACAACCAUCCGCUUCACGGUGGCAUUGACACUCUACCACUUUCUGAGCAAACCCUCAUUAUCAAUACGCUGACUGUGCCACAACACAAGUGUUGUGCAAGUCCUUAUUGGCUGUACCGUAUUUAUCAGGACACCGAAGUGACCACUUCGGAAGUCAUUGAAAUUAUCAACGAUGCCUUGGUAGAAUCACGCAAGACUCUAGUUCGUGUUCGUGAAACCAAUUUCCACAAAGUUGAUGUUUUACCUGCUCUUGUUAAAAACAUUCGUUGCCUAGAGCAUGCCAACCGUCCACCUAAUACGCUAUGGAUGGCUUGGGAUCCUCCAUGGAAUGGAGUCAAAAUCGAAAAGUGGAAUGUACACACCAUGAAUGAUGGUAGCAACUACAUCACUAUGGGAUCUGAGCCUACUAUUUCAAUUCCAAACCUAAAAACCAACACCACGAUUCGAGUAUUUAUUCGACCAGUGAUUGGUACAUGGAAAGGAGAUUGGAGCUCACGAGGAGAAUGUGUUGUUUAG